CUAAAAAACCUAAAAUGAGCAUCGCCGUAGAGCACGCUAAGGAAUGGGACUGGCCCCUUCAGCACAAUGAUGACAGCGUGAAGGUCAUGGAAGACGAUAGGAAGUUCUCGGUUGAACUGGAUGCGCAGUAUUUCUCCCCAAAAGAAAUUCAAGUCAAAGCUAUCGGGGAUCAGAUCCAAAUUCAAAUGGACCAUGAAGCAAGAGGAACCGAUAAGACAAUUGUCAGCAGAUCCAUCACCAGAACAUACAAUCUUCCCAGCAACGUCGAUACAAAGUCAAUCAAAAGCAACCUCGAUGACAAAGGUGUCCUCCGCAUCACAGCCGAUAAGAGCUAAACUAUUCUAUAUCACACAAUUCGCUAUUAUAUUGUAUAUGUACAGACAUAAUGUCCUUUCUUGAUUGGUUUGGUUAUAAUAAAGUGGAU